CACCCUCUUCGCUAGUCAGUCACGGACCGUUACAUCCACCGCAGCCAGAACGACUCGAGAAUCAUGGUCCUGAAGCAAGCGUUUGUUCUUACAUUUGCGAUCGUUUUCUGCUCGUUGCAACUGGCCAGUGCCGAUGAGGAUUGCAAAAAUCUUAUGGAUAAGGGCGACAAAAUUGACGACUGCUGCCAGUUGGAGUCUAUAAUCCCGAUGAACGAAGCGGAUAAUUGCUCGUCAGCUGCUGACGACGCAUCCCACCCGCGGGAGAAAAUUUCGUGCAUUGUGCAAUGUGAACUGCAAUCGCUCGGUGUGAUGAACGGAAAGCAACUCGUGCCGGAAAAGGUGCUCGAGUACGCCAACCGGCUCGAUGGGGAUUGGAAGGAAAAAGCGGUCGAGAUAGCGAACACGUGCAACGAGCGACUCGACAAUGCGAAGGAUCAUAUCGACGCGAAGGUUCAGGACAAAGAUUGUUCACCGAUCGGUGGUUUUCUUCUGGGGUGCAUCAUGAAGCAUACGUUCGAUGGAUGCCCGGCCGACAAAUGGCAGAACACCGAUUUUUGCAAUAAGCUCAAGAGUGGAGAAUGCUUCAAGCAACGUGGCCGGCAGCCGUAAUAGCUUGUGUGUAAAAGCGGAAUUAUUCCUGAUAUCCAACGAAACCGGAAAACUUGAGACCGAUAAAAAUGAAUAAAUACCACACCA